AAUGUCACAAAAUUCAAGUUUACCAAUCACUCAAGACGUAGGCCCACGUCAAGACAAGCGGAAUAUUGUGGCUAUCCUGUUAUUUCCAACCUACCGCAAGAACUUCAUCCGACAACAAAAUAGCUUUCACACUGUCGCCGAGGUCCGUUUAUUUUAGAGGUGACGGUUAUUUUCUUCACAUGAAAAAAUGACUUCAUUUUUGGCGGACGUUUUAGUUACGGCAGGGAAAUUUGAAAAAAUCGACUUAGAUGAAAAAAUAUCGGAGCUGCAAGCUCAAAUUUCAAAGCUGAAAUAUGAUGUGAAGGAAUGCAUCGAAGACAAUUACAUAGAAUUUUUACCAAAAUUGAAAAAAGACCAAUCUCUAAUAAUAGAAGUCCAAAGGCUGGCUGAUGAAAUGAACAUUCUACAGAAAAGAGUCCAAGACCAGAUAAAAAUCGAGCUCUCAGGAUCAACGAGAGAAUUGAAAGCUCUUUCUAAUGAUUUGCAAAAGUCCAGUAUAAGCUUAGCUCUCUCUAGUCGACUCAUGGAUAUAACAAAGUAUAUGCAAUCUGCAGAAAGUUACAAGAAGGAUAAACAGUAUGUUGAGGCUGCAAAAACUUUGCAACAAAUGCAAGAACUACUUGAAGAUCCGGACACAGAUAUCCAAUAUUUAGAGAUAUUUCGGGCUUUAAAGAAUGAAUACAGCACAAUAUAUGGGACGUUUUUAACAGACAUUUCUAUUCUAUGGCAGCAAUACAUUUAUUGGGAAAUAGUUGAGACGGAAUCAAAGAAUUCUUGUGUAACUUUGAGUAUAAAAUGUGAUGUGGAUGAAAUGCAGAACUUGGUACAGGCUUUGCAUCACAUGGACAACUUAACUAAUAACUUAAACAAGUUGUCUAGUAAACUGAUGAAGCAUUUGAUUAAUCCCAUAAUUAAUUGUGAAUGCUCUGUCUAUGUCACAAACGAAGUAUCAUUCUCGGUGCAACCUCUGAGUCCAACUAAAAUACCAGGGUAUAAAAGCGUUAUGCACAAUUUGACGCUUCUCUUUCGUUUCAUGCAUCAACACUUAAAUGUGCCCAUAGUAGAUGGCCAAAGAUUCUUGUCGAGGUUGGAAGUACAUCUAUUCAAACCGUUUUCGGAUAGCUUGAUUAAUCAAUGCAUAUCCCACACUAUUCCAAGCUCUAGCGUUGAGCUCCAAAAUUUCGGUCCAGUUAUUCAGGACAUUUCCGAAUUUCAAAAUUACCUAGUCGAGAUUGAAUUCAUUUCAUCGGAUAAAAUAUUUUUAUCAGAUUACAUCAAGAACUUGGAUGGUUUAUUUAUUGAAAAAAUUUGCCAGGAUUUCUUGGGAAAGGCCAGAGUCAUAAUGAAAAAAGAUCUUCACGAUUCUAUCAGGCACAAAAUUCAGGGACCAGAAAAAUUUCCCGAAGAUGUAUUAGAUGAUCACAAUCUCAAAGCAAAUAGGAAAUUGAAUGAAAAUACUUUCCAGUUACCACCGUGUCAGAUAAGCAAAAGUGUCAAGGAGAUUCUAGAUCUAGUGAAAGAGAUUCUUGACGAGGCAUGUCAAAGUUCCGACGUCUGUGCUGUACGGUUGUUCUACACAAGUCGUAAUAUAUUCGAAAUGUAUACAGUUUUGGUACCGGAGCACCAUAAGAAGUUUUUAGAAACAAUACCCCAACAAGUUGCUUUGUUUCACAACAACUGCAUGUACCUGGCCCACCAUUUACUCGUACUGACGUACCAAUAUAAAAACAAACUUCCAACGGUGCUGUUGGAACACAAUGUAACAUAUGCUGACCAAACUUUAUCUCUGCGCUCGGUUGGUUCAGAAUACUUUCUUGGGCACAUGAGAUACCAGAGAGAUGUAAUCAUUGAAAUACUAAGAGAGUCAGGAUUGUCAACAUUGGGGCAAGUUCCUGAAUUACCCCUGAGUACAGAGAAAGCGAUCAGGCAAUGUAUUAGGCAACUGGAGCUCUUGAAAACUGUAUGGCUUAACGUACUUCCAAGUAAAGUAUAUUGUCGCGCCAUAGGCUGUAUAAUGAAUUCCAUGAUCGACGAACUGGUCACCAGGGUAAUCACAGUUGAAGAUAUUCCUGCUGAUGUGGCCACAGAGUUGGUAACACUCUUCAACAUGGUGAAAAGCAGAACUCCAUUUAUAUUUCCGGAACCGAAUACAAUUCAAAUUCACGUUAAGCGAUGGCGGAAGUUAUCGGAAUUAGUAAACGUACUUGGAGCCUCCCUGAAAGAGAUCGACGACAGAUGGGCUGAUGGAAAAGGGCCGCUGGCACAUGAGUUCACAGCUGCUCAGGUGAAACAGCUAAUUCGUGCACUCUUCCAAAACACUGAUCGUAGAUCUAUGUUACUCGCUAGCAUCAAGUGAUGCUUCUCUGUGUAUAAUGGGUGUUAGAAAUUGAAAAAAAAAAUAACAUUUUUAUCAAAACAAACUGAUAUGCAUGCAAUAUUAUUGA